CAAAAACGCCGGAUGAAUCCAGCGGGAUUCUGAAUCUCUGAUCCCGUGAUCGUGUCGCACCACGAGGGAUGCGACCAAAAUCCAGGGCAAAUGGUUUUGCCCGUUAAGCUCUCUCCCUCUCUCUCGGCUCUUUCCCUCGAAAUCGUAAUACUACCGCCUUUUCCUCUUGCUGCCGGCAGCCGUCGUCUGUUCGCACUGUCGCGCUCUGGCUCUUCCUCGCGUCGGCCUUUCCAGGACUCCUUCUUGCUGUUCUAAGUCCGUUUUCUGGACUUUCCGUUCUCUGUUGGAGUCCGGGUGGUGGGUUGGCGAUCUGCACCCUCUUCCUGUUUCUCCUUCCGCUCGCCUCCUCGAAUUCCGAAGGUGACUCCUUUUAUCCUCUAAGAAGGAGCUUGACCGACUCCGACAACAUCUUGCAGAUAACCGGCGCUCGUGAGGCCUUCCCCAUCAAGAUAACCGUGUCAUUAGGGUGUAUGUUCCCCUUCCACUUGACCCACCUAGUUCUAGGGUUAGAGGUUUGAGUCUUUGACGGGGAUCUCUCAAGAAGGAAAACCGAUGCCGGACAUUGUCGGCCAGUUUUAGGUAGCGAAUGUUGAUACCCGACUCUCUCUAUUUUAAUGCACCAAUAGCUCGCAAGUGACUUGUUCCUUGGUCUCUGGUGCUUUUGGCAAGGGGUUAACGAGGAAAGUGGUGGUCAAGUUUCUGCAAGAUGGGGGUUACAGCAGAGCAGACUCAUAGGGCUCAUAGAAGUAGACAGUCGGGUCCAUCUGCCAAGAAGAAGGACAAGGCAGACAAGAAGAAGCGGGGCAUAUCAGAGGAGAAGCAAAAUCCUAAGGCAUUUGCUUUCAAAUCAACAGUUAAAGCUAGACGUCUGCAGUCUCGUGCAUCUGAAAAGGAACAGAAAAGGCUCCAUGUCCCAACAAUUGAUCGUUCAACUGGUGAACCAGCACCAUUUGUUGUUGUAGUUCAUGGUCCUCCAAAGGUUGGCAAGUCAUUGUUGAUAAAAUCACUCGUAAAACAUUACACUAGGCAAAACUUAUCUGAUGUUCGUGGUCCGAUAACCAUUGUGUCAGGUAAACAAAGGCGGUUGCAGUUUGUUGAAUGCCCAAAUGAUAUUAAUGGCAUGAUUGAUGCUGCAAAGUUUGCUGAUGUUGCUCUUCUUCUGAUCGAUGGAAGUUAUGGGUUUGAGAUGGAAACUUUUGAGUUUCUUAACAUUUUGCAAGUUCAUGGUUUCCCAAGAGUUAUGGGAGUGCUUACUCAUCUUGAUAAAUUUAAAGAUGUGAAGAAACUAAGGAAGACAAAGCAGCAGUUAAAGCAUCGGUUUUGGACUGAAAUAUAUGAUGGAGCAAAGUUAUUCUAUUUAUCAGGGCUAAUUCAUGGAAAGUAUUCGAAACGUGAAAUUCACAACCUUGCAAGAUUUAUUUCUGUGAUGAAAUUUCCUCCUUUGUCUUGGAGAACUACUCAUCCUUAUGUGUUAGUCGACCGUUUUGAAGAUGUGACUCCUCCAGAAAAAGUACAGUCAAAUAAAAAAUGUGAUAGAAAUAUUACGUUAUAUGGAUACCUGCGUGGUUGCAACAUGAAGAAGGGAACAAAGGUCCAUGUUGCUGGUGUUGGCGAUUACCAUUUGGCUAGUAUUACGUGCUUGGCGGAUCCCUGUCCUUUGCCUUCCGCUGCCAAGAAGAAGGGCCUGCGAGACAGGGAAAAACUUUUUUAUGCACCUAUGUCUGAUCUUGGGGAUCUUCUGUAUGAUAAGGAUGCUAUUUACAUAAACAUCAAUGAUCAUAUGGUACAGUUUUCUAAAAUGGAUCAGCAAAAUAGCUCAACAACAGAUAAAGCAAGGGACCAUGAUGUUGGUGAACUGAUGGUAAAGACACUUCAAAAUACAAAGUACUCAGUUAAUGAGAAGUUGGAGCAGAGCUUCAUUAAUCUUUUUGGUACGAGGCCUUCCGCAUAUAAACCGAAUGUCAGUUCUGAUGGUAAUGCUGGAAAAGGACCAAUUGAGAGUACACCUUUGCCAAGUGAUUCACAAGCUUUUACUGAGGGCGGUAUGGGGAACAAGGAUGGUGCUGCAAAACCCUCUGGGCAGGGAGAGGGUACAAACAUGGAGAGACAUAUUGAAGAAAACCUUGAUGUUUCAGAUGAGGAAAGUGAGGAUGAAUCUGAAGAAAAUGGGAUACAUGUGCCACCAUCACCUAAUUUCAGAGAGGAAGCUGAUAUACAAGAUGGAAGAUUAAGAAGAAGAGUUGUGUUUGCAAAUGAUACUCAGGAUUCUGAGGAAGAAAUCAUGGAUGAUGUAUCCUCAACAGAUGAUGAUAUUUCUGGAGAAAGCAAUGAAGAGAUGAGUUCAGAAGAUGAGAAGGGGGAGGGCUUGGACCAUGAAGAUCUAUCAGCCUCUAAAUCUAUUGUAAAUAAACAUGUCACUCUAAUGCAGCUUGUAUAUGGGCAACCUCUCGCAAAAUCAAGGUCUUCUAUUAAUGAAUCACUUGGAAGUAGUGAAAGUGAAGGAAGUGAAGAUGAUGAAGAUUUCUUCAGGCCCAAAGGUGAACGUACGAAGAAACUGGGUGCGGAGCUGGACAUUGACAGUGUUAAUGGUGAAGAUUGCUCCAAAUGGGGGUCUGCUCACAUACGAUUGACGGAUUGGUCAAAUGACGAGGCUAUUAAAAGCAUUCGUGAUCGCUUUGUCACGGGAGAUUGGUCGAAGGCUUCUCAUAGAGGUCAGGAGAUGCAAGAUGAUGAAGGCAGUGAGGGCUCUGUUUAUGGUGACUUUGAGGAUUUGGAGACUGGUGAACAGUACAAAGGUGAAGAACCACCUAAGGAGGAUAAAGAUGUAGAUGACUCAAAACAAGUUGACCCCCAGGCAGAAGAACGCCGUCUUAAAAAGCUUGCUCUUCGUGCACAGUUUGAUGCCAAAUAUGAUGAUUCUGGACUAUCGGAAGAUGAGGACGAUAAAAAAAAGUUAAAGUACCAUCAGAGCCAAGCACAUGAUGGCUAUUUUGACAAGUUGAAAAAGGAGAUGGAACUUCGGAAACAAAUGAAUGUUGCAGAACUCAAUGAUCUGGAUGAGUUGACUCGUAUUGAGAUUGAGGGCUUCAGAACAGGAUCAUACCUAAGGUUGGAGAUCCAUGAUGUUCCAUUUGAGAUGGUUGAUCAUUUUGAUCCUAGGCACCCAUUCCUAGUUGGAGGGCUUGGUCUUGGUGAAGAAAGUGUUGGAUACAUGCAGGUUCGACUGAAGCGGCAUAGGUGGCACAAGAAAAUAUUGAAAACAAGAGAUCCAAUCAUCGUUUCAGUUGGUUGGAGACGUUAUCAGACAAUGCCCAUAUAUGCCAUUGAAGACCAAAAUGGGCGACACCGUAUGUUGAAGUAUACUCCAGAACAUAUGCAUUGUCUGGCAAUGUUUUGGGGACCUCUGGCUCCACCAAAUACUGGAGUGGUAGCAGUCCAAAAUGUAGCAAAUAGUCAGGCAUCUUUCCGUAUUACUGCAACAGCAGUUGUUUUGGAAUUUAAUCAUGCAGUCCGCAUAAUGAAGAAAAUCAAGCUGGUUGGUUAUCCCUUCAAAAUUUUUAAGAAGACGGCGCUUAUUAAAGAUAUGUUCACAUCUGCACUUGAAGUAGCUAGGUUUGAAGGUGCAGCCAUCAGAACCGUGAGUGGCAUCAGGGGACAAGUUAAGAAGGCUGUAAAACUAGUACCAAAGAAAGGGAACAAAAAUAACCAACCAGUACCUGCUCCAGAAGGGUGUGCAAGGUGCACAUUUGAGGACAAACUGCUUAUGAGCGACAUUGUUUUCUUGCGUGCAUGGACUCAAGUGGAUGUCCCAUGCUUCUUCAAUCCAGUGACUACAGCUCUGCAGUCACGUGAUGAGACCUGGAGGGGUAUGAAAACAGUUUCAGAGCUUCGCAGAGAUCACAAUCUUCCAGUUCCUUUAAAUAAAGAUUCAGUUUACAAGCCUAUUGAACGAAAGUCAAAGAAGUUUAAUCCGUUGAGGAUUUCCAAGGCACUUCAAGAGGCACUUCCUUUCCGUACUAAGCCAAAGCUUCAACCAAAACGUUCAUCUCUUGAAAGGAAGAGGGCAGUCGUCAUGGAGCCACAUGAGAGAAGAGCUCAUGCACUCAUUCAACAUCUGCGGUUAAUCAGAUCUGACAAGAUGAAGAAGCAGAAGCUCAAGGAUGCAGAGAAGAGGAAGAAGUAUGAAGCAGAGAAGGCUAAAUUAGAGAACAUUGCCAAAAAGCGGCAGCGCGAGGAGCGACGAGAGCGGUACAGGGAGGAGGACAAGCAAAAGAAGAGAACACGGCAGAGAUUAGAAUAGUGUCAAACAUCGGUGAGAAAUGGCGUAAUCAAAUUUAAUUUUCCAUUUUGAGCAGUGGUAUCCUAAAAUUUUGUCCGUUGUAUUGGCAUUAUAAUCAUUCUUCAGGAAAAGCAAUAUGUAUUCUCAUUGCAUUGAUAAUGUUUUCCUCCUUUCCCUAAUAAAAUCCAGAGUGGUUCGUGUGGGAA